AAGUAUUUUCAUAUACAAAAUGGACCCCAACAAAACAAGACCUAUUUCAGAUGCAACCAACAUUGAGGCAAGUGGAUGGAAAUCUAAGCGUCGUAACAUGAUGGUGAAGAAAAUGGCUGAAUAUUUAAUCAAACGAGGUCCUCCCUCUUGGACAAAAAAUGCACAUGCACUUAUGAAGUUGGUAGAAAGGAUUGAGGAAGAGGGGUUUGAUUCUGCCAAAGAUGAGACAGAGUACAUGACAAGGAUAUCUACACAGAUGAAAACUAUAACAACACCACUUCAAAAUAAUGAAGUCAAUCUUUUGCCCUCAAAAGUGCCUAACUCAGGAACAAAAAAAGAUGCAAAAACAGAAUGGCAAGAACAAAUUUAUCAUAAGCAAUUAUUGAUGAAUAUCUUUCUAGCAGCUUGUUGA